UUGGUUACUUAGAAUGUGCUGAAACUAUGCAUGCUUACAGCCGCCUUCUGUUAAGAUAAACUUCUAGGAAAUGCAAUUAUGUGGAGUGCCUGCUGAUAAUUUUUUUGGUGCCAAAUUGAUGUGGAAACACUUUUUUGGACUUAUUUUCUCAAAAUAAUUGAAAACCAGGAGCACACGAUUAACUCACAAUCUUCCCUGAGAUUUCAAUAGAGGCAAGAUCUUGUCCGUAUAUCAAUCUUUUUAACACACACAUACCAAGGAAUGCACUGCUUAUUGUUGUGUUUCUGCUAUGCUUAGGAGAAGGCAUGCUUAUUAAAAAUAAAUUAAUAAAUGUGGUUAAUGUUUUUCCUUUUUCCUUUUUUCCUUUUUUUUUUUUUUAAAUGUGAAAACAAAUAUGGUUGAACUUGAACAACCUUUUCAUAUAGUCAAGAAUGAAAUGUACACAAAGAGGAUUAUAGAUAUUACGUUGUUUUUUAAUACAUAAUUAAAAACUAAAUUGAACAUUUUUUCUUCACGGAAUUUUUUUUUUUUUUUUCUUAUUGUCAUUUUUUUGGCGUUGAUUCUUCAAACGUGAUGUUAUAAAAGGAAAAAUUGACGAGUCGGUGUUCAUAGAGGGGUAGUGUUGUCUUUGAAUAAUUAAUAUAUUUCUGGCCAAAAGCAAAACAAAUAGUACUGGGAAGGAUUCAGAUUACCAACAAAUACCCCCAUCACCAACUCCGAACGGGAAGUAAAACGUGAGACCAAAAAGGGUCUUUUAGUAAUCUAAUUUGCUUACCGCGCUACCAGUUCUCAAUUUGAAUUCCCCGUGAUUGGUACGCGCUUUCUAAGAACCUCCACGAGACCAAGAUCGGAUCCCAUUUCGAAUAUAAAAAGGUAAAAAGAGUGUCUACCAGUUAUUAGAUCUGAACGCCGUGCGUUUCGAAUUUCGAAACUCCCUUCUCUUUUCAACAACGGUCUCUCUUUAUCUCUCUCUCUCUCUCUCUGCGUCCAAGAAGAAAGAAAAUCAAGAAACGUUUUGAUAACAAUGUCGUCGUUGGUUUCGUUGGUUUACGGAGAAUCCGAGACUAGGCCACAAUUUUAUUCUCGUAAAGAAAAAUCUCUGGGAGUAUUGUGCUCCAAUUUCUUGGGAUUAUACAAUGGAGAUUGUGCCGGAACGAGUACAGUUGGACUUGACGAUGCUGCUAACCGCUUAGGAGUUGAGCGGCGCCGCAUGUAUGACGUAGUCAAUAUAUUGGAGAGCAUUGGAGUUGUAGCUAGGAAAGCGAAGAACCAGUACACAUGGAAGGGUUUAGAGGAAAUUCCUCGAUGUUUAGAGCAGCUGAAGAAAGACGGUCUGAAAGAAAAUUUCAAUAGCGCUGGUUCCUGCAGUUCUGCUAGAGUAUGUCACAGAAAAAGUGUUUCCAAUGAAAAUCAAUGUGGAGGGCUUCUGAGUCUGAACACUGGUGGGGAGGCCAAUCAUUUGGCAUCAUUAAGAAAGAACAACAAAAGUGACAAAUCUCUAGCACUUCUCAGCCAGAACUUUAUCAAGCUUUUUCUUUGUUCAAAUGUGGAUAUGAUUUUGCUUGAUAAUGCUGCAAAAGCAUUGCCAGCAAAGGUUAGACGACUAUAUGAUGUUGCAAACGUUUUUUCUUCGUUGAAUCUGAUUGAGAAGAUUCGUCACUCGGAGAGCGGUAAACCAGCAUAUAGGUGGUUGGGAUGGAAAGGGAAGCUCAAGAAUGGAUUUGAUACCGCUUCAGAGAUAAAUGAGCCUAAGAAAAGAGUUUUUGGGUCUGAUAUUACAAAUUACAAUUCAAAGAGAAAUAAGACAAAUUCUGUAGUGGGAUGGAAAUCAAGUAAGGAGACAAGUGUGCGAAUGCAUAAUAAACUAGUUGACUUGGAGCAUGAAUAUGAUGAGAAUGAAUUGAAGCAGCAUCCGAGACAUAAGUCAACGGGUAUUGACUUUGGCCCUUUUGCUCCCGUCAGUGUGUUGAAAGCAAGAGAUGCAGCUUUUAAAAAUGUGAAACAGGUCCAGGACAUGGAGAGCUUGGCUUCUACAUAUCGUCCUCAGUAUCACAACCAAGCUCUGUACGACCUCUUUGCUCAUUACAUGGAGGCUUGGAAAUCAUGGCUGGAAGCUACAAGGAAGCAACAAACGCAACAAAUAUGCUGAUGCACAAAAUUUGUUCAUCGAAUUUCAAAUAAUCUGAGUACAUACCAAACAGUCCACAGUUUUAUCUAAUUUCAUAUGAGAGUGUUUCUUGGAUGCAAUUUCCUGCUCCGUUUACUGACUUCCAAUAUUUUUUUUCUUGUUUGUAACCUCUUUUUUUUUUUUUUUUUUUUUUUUUUGCCCUUUUUCUGGAAAGGUCUUGUUUGUAAGACACAGAAUUUGUCAUUUCUUGAAUAAAGCUCUGGCCUAUGGGUCCAUCUUCCUUUGUAAUAUUCGUUCUCUUAUCCGCUGUGCUGUGAUACGGAAAAAGAGAGAUAUUCGAUGAAAGUGCAUAAUUAAUAUUUAGAUUAUUAUUAUUAUUAUUAUUUUCAUAAAUAUUAAGGAUAUUGGGAAAUUAAAGGUAAAAAUUGACAAAUCCAGUGAAUCUGUGAUGCUGGG